AAUCAAGCUGGAAAACAUGUGAUGGAAUACUUUAGAAAAAAAUCAAUGUUGUAAAUAAAAAGUGUUGUAUUAAAUCAAACCGUCGGAGGGCUAGAAGAGGCACAAAGCUCCCCAUGCUCCUCGAUUUGAUGACAGCGUAAAAGAAAAAGUGAAAAGAAGACAUGCUACUCGAGGCGGAAUGCAUGGGGGGUGAGCCGAGCAAGAAGAGAAGGAAGAAAGAAAAGAAGAAAGACGGCGACUUGUACCGUGACUCCAACCUUCGGUAUGCCGGCUACUCGAACGAGAUAGGCGAGGCCCUCCGGCCAUUCAUAGGGCGCAACCUCGUGACGGCUAGCUACGCUCUAGCCUCCGCUUAUGUAAUCGCUGAUGUUGGUUCGAAAUCAGCCGACGCUUGGAAGAACACCAAGGGCAAGAAGCCCGAUGUGAGAAGAAAAGAAACAUUUAAAAAAGGAUCGGACGCUCUCGUUUGGCAGUCCCUCGCCUCGGUCAUUGUACCCGGCUUCGUCCUGAACAGGCUUGCUGCCAUAUCGAGGUUUAUUAUAUGUAAAACACCAGCGUAUCAGUUCAGGACGUUGUUGACUGCAGCUACCAGCCUAGCCGUCAUACCUUUCAUCGUUGAACCGAUCGACAGAUUCGUUGAUGGCUUCAUGAAAGAUUUCGUACGACCUAUUUACAACAAAAAAUAAAUAAUUGUAUAAACAA